AUGCGCGAGUACAAAAUUGUUGUUUUAGGAAGUGGUGGUGUAGGUAAAUCUGCUCUUACAGUUCAAUUUGUUCAAGGAAUAUUUGUUGAAAAGUACGAUCCAACGAUUGAAGAUAGUUAUAGAAAACAAGUUGAAGUUGAUGGACAACAAUGUAUGCUUGAAAUUCUUGAUACUGCUGGUACGGAACAAUUUACAGCUAUGCGUGAUUUAUAUAUGAAAAAUGGUCAAGGUUUUGUAUUAGUGUAUUCUAUAACUGCUCAAUCAACAUUCAACGAUCUCAUGGAUCUUCGUGAACAAAUUCUUCGUGUUAAAGAUACAGAAGAUGUACCAAUGAUUCUUGUAGGAAAUAAAUGUGAUUUAGAGGAUGAACGUGUUGUUGGAAAAGAUCAGGGUCAAAGUUUAGCACGUUCUUUUAAUUGUUCAUUUUUAGAAACUUCAUCAAAAGCAAAAAUUAAUGUUCAAGAAGUAUUUUAUGAUCUUAUUAGACAAAUAAAUCGCCGUUAUCCAGAAUCUGGUAGGCGACAAGGAUCAUCAAAAGGAUGUUGUUGCACUACAAUGUAA